AUGGUUCCACAGACUCACGGACUGCUGCUUCUCUACUUUCUGCUCCAGCUCCAGGGACCCCUAGGGGCUGUGGUUUUCAUAACCCAGGAGGAAGCACACGGUGUCCUACACAGGCAAAGGCGUGCCAACUCACUCCUAGAGGAGCUUUGGUCUGGCUCCUUGGAGAGGGAGUGCAAUGAAGAGCGGUGCUCCUUUGAGGAGGCCCGAGAGAUCUUCAAGAGCCCUGAGAGGACCAAGCAGUUCUGGACUGUUUACAGCGAUGGCGACCAGUGUGCCUCGAAUCCAUGUCAGAACGGGGGUACCUGCCAGGAUCACCUCAAGUCUUAUGUCUGCUUCUGCCCCCUAGACUUUGAGGGUCGGAACUGUGAGAAAAACAAGAAUGAGCAGCUGAUCUGUGCAAACGAAAACGGUGACUGUGACCAGUACUGCAGGGACCACGUAGGGACCAAGCGUACCUGUAGCUGUCACGAGGACUACGUGCUGCAGCCAGAUGAGGUGUCCUGCAAACCAAAAGUUGAGUACCCAUGCGGGAGAAUACCUGUUUUAGAAAAAAGAAACUCCAGCAGACCCCAAGGCCGGAUUGUGGGAGGCUAUGUGUGCCCCAAAGGGGAGUGCCCAUGGCAGGCUGUGCUGAAACUCAAUGAGGCAUUGCUGUGUGGGGCCGUCCUGCUGGACACCAGAUGGAUAGUAACUGCAGCCCACUGCUUCGAUAAUAUCCGGAAAUUGGUAAACAUCACAGUGGUGUUGGGUGAACACGACUUCAGUGAGAAGGAGGGGACUGAGCAAGUACGGCUGGUGGCACAGGUCAUCAUGCCCAACAAGUACACCCGAGGCAGGACUGACCAUGACAUCGCCCUGGUCCGCCUUCACCGGCCUGUAACCUUCACUGACUACGUGGUACCUCUGUGUCUGCCUGAACGGGCCUUCUCUGAGAACACCCUAGCCAGCAUCCGCUUCUCGAGGGUCAGCGGCUGGGGUCAGCUACUGGACCGUGGUGCCACGGCUCUGGAGCUCAUGGUCAUCGAGGUGCCCCGGCUGAUGACCCAGGACUGCCUGGAGCAUGCCAAACACAGUGCUAACACCCCCAGAAUCACGGCGAACAUGUUCUGCGCCGGCUACAUGGACGGCACCAAGGACGCCUGCAAGGGUGACAGUGGAGGCCCACACGCCACCCACUACCAUGGCACGUGGUAUCUGACAGGUGUGGUCAGCUGGGGGGAGGGCUGUGCAGCUAUCGGCCACAUCGGGGUGUACACCAGGGUCUCCCAGUACAUAGACUGGCUGGUCAAAUACAUGGACUCCAAGCUCGGGGUUGGGAUUUCUCGAGUCUCCCUACUGUAG